AUGAAGGACUCAAACAAACAGUUCGAGAUGGGAAACUAUUACUUGCGCCACGAAAAAAAGCAUGAAAUAGCUGCUCUCGGCUUCUAUGCAGACGAUAACAUAAAAUCGUUUGUAUGUUUCUCGUGCAUGCUAAUUGUACGCUUCAAAGACUGGAAAGACAUUCAUGAAUAUCACCGAAAGACAUCCCCGUAUUGUGCAUUUUUACAAGGAAGAGAUGUAAGCAUUGGCGACGAUAAACCACGCACAGAAUUCUCGCCUAAAUGUCAAGGGUUUACCAACUUUUCAAACAUCGAAACCUUCAAUAGACGACUAUCAGAUGAAAACAGAAACAAAGUGUUGAAACACUAUUCACUAAAGACACCGUAUCUCAACGCCGCGACUACACUGAAAAGCUACGUGUUAACAUCAAUAUUCUCGCCAGUGUAUAUUCCGAAGAUUUUGCGAUCGGACCGAGUAUUUAAUAUUGAAGUAUUUUUUCUAUACUUGAAAUCCGAAGAAAACCGAUUCCAGACAUUUAACGUACACACAUAUUUAUUUCCAUAUCCUGAGAUCAGUGAUAUAUUGGCGAGAAAUGGAUUUUUUUAUACGCUGUACAAUUCGGCAAUUCAAUGCGCUUUUUGCCGAGUUGUAAUCAGUAAUAUCACACAUCUCACAAUAGAAGAAGACGUCUUAUCAAUGCAUGCAAUCUUUUCAAGAGAUUGCCAACUUCUCACCGGGAAAGAUGUAGGGAACAUUCCUUUUACAAACAGACUUUGCGCCACUCCAACUGAUAAUGAAUCACAUCAAUGCAAAGUAUGUCUCGUUAACCAAAUUGACGUUAUCUACAAAUGCGGCCAUUUUAUUGUGUGCUCGAGUUGUGCAGCACGAAUGGGGGCGUGCCCGACCUGCCGCGCACCACUCAGUGACAGGCGCCGCCUUUACAUAGCUUAA